GCGCCUGUACCGGAUUAGCAAUUGCGCAGCAAUUCCUCUGCUUAGGAGCGAUGCACCCAUAUGGACCCACAUGCUGUCACGGAUAUUUUCGGAUCGGAACCGAACGCCAGAUACGAACCGUGCCGGAUAUUCCGGCUAGAUCCCUUCCUCUAUUCGUUUUUAUUGCUGAGAUGCAUCUAGGCAAACAUGCUCGACAACUGCGAUGGCGGAUCCAUUUAAGCAGGACAUUUGGACGCCAAAUACCUGCCCCUCCACCGUCUCUGAGGCAACCGCCCCGUGUCACGACGUUUUCCGAUACAGCGCGUCCACGACGUUAUAUCCUCAGGGAGAGGGAAUCUCCAGAAAUAGAAAGAGGAGUGCCGCUGGUCAAGAAACGCUGGUCGAUUGCCAUCGCGUGUACUAUCGCUGGUGUAUCUGCAUGGACGCUGUUCUGGACAUAUAUCACGAAUAAGGAGAAAAUUUCCAGCUCGAUUGUACAGGAACUUAUACAUUUGCUUCGAAAUGAUCACUGGGUGAAGAUGCUUCUCGGUGAUGGGAUUGUCGCUGAAACCCAGUGGUGGCUCAACGGACAUUCUAGGAUUUAUGGUUCGGUUGAUAUUCCCCAGGGAUACGUUGAUCUUAGCUUUAGGGUUGAAGGAAAUAACGGUUCGGGGACUGUGUACUUUACUAGUAUGCGGAGAGAUAAGACGCAACCUUUUCAAAUAUUAAAGUUCAAACUCGUAGCAGAUGACGGUACAAUAUGUAAAGUCGACGUAGAAAGUGCUUAAUCUCUGAACAGUGAACAACGAGGAAAGACCAAGGUAUCAAUACAAUAUCUAUGUAUCAAGUAGGCUCUGGGGAAACACUGAUAUCCAAUAUCAUUCAUCCUAUGCUUUGAAAUCCAUUUUCCGGCAUCAGUCCGCCGGUACUGAAUUCCUAAAGGCAGACCUUCUCUUAGAAAAUACUUGGAUGCAAUCUAUUUCAAGUUGCUAAAAUCUC